GACAUUUAAACAAAUCAGAAGUUGUGAUAGGUCCUUAACAAAAUGGAUCAUAGACCUUUACUUAUUAAUACGAAAGCUAUCGUUGGCUCGAGUUGACAAGCUUUCCAUUUUUCAGCUUCAAAGGAUCUGUAAAGAUCAAUCUGGUGGGUUGCCAACAUGAAACCUUGCUUUCCCAAGCAAAUUCUGGCAUAUUUGACUGUUUUUACGAUGGCAGCAUAUACUUUUCUUUCAAUUCUGCCGAAUAAAGAGCUAAGCCAUCAACAACAGAUGAAGCAAUUCAAGGAAUAUUAUGAACAACAAAUGCAAUGGCAACAGGAACUGCAAAAACUCAUUGAAAAUUUUGAGGCGAAAUUCAGCAGGAACGUGGAAAAUCAACUAACAGAAAUGAUGUCCAAAAAGAGGACUGAAAUCGAAAGUAAUGAAAUGCAAAUUUACAAUUCUUUCAAACCUUUGAUGACUGCAGAGGAAACAAAACAGUACAUGGAACUUUUCGAAGUUUUUCACAACGUCACCGAAGAGUCGAACAUAUCCUACUUUAUUGAUUCAGGCACUCUGAUUGGUGCUUUCCGCCAUGGUGGAUUCAUUCCCUGGGAUGACGACAUCGAUGUGCAAAUCCACGAGAAUGAUACAGACAAACUUAUUUCCGCUUUAAAGUCACAAGCUCCAAAAUAUGAGCAUUACGUAUGGACAAGCGAGGAUGAAGGAGAAAGUGAAAAUGUUGUGAAUAUGAAAUUUUUUCCCGCCGAUGGAAAAAUCAUCAACUCAAAGCGAUUCCCAGCAGGGUGUAAAUGGAAGUGGCCAUUCAUGGAUAUAUUUUUUUACAAAAUGAACAGCAAAUGGAUUUCUCUGUCAACAAGCAGGAUAUAUGCAUAUCCAAAGGAGGUGUUUUUCCCCCAUGACCUUGUUAGGUUUGAGAAUUUGCUUGUAUACGCACCACGACUGCCAGAGGUUAUCUUUAAUUUGGAGUACAAUUUGAGUGAGUGUAUAUCACCAAGGUAUAACCAUCGAGAAGAGGAUCAUUUCCCAGUUGAACAGGACAAGAAGGUUCCGUGCAAGGAAUUGGAGAGACUCCCUCUGUUUAACUGUUACACAUUUCAUGAUUAUAUCUAGACAACCGGAAUUUAACUCAGCAUGUUUGCUUGACCACAGGUGUCAAGACGGACUAAAUUCAGUGUCUGAUAGAGAGGGUGUCUUUCUAAACAGAGGUGUCUACAAAACAGGUUUCACUGUAGUUAAAACCGAUACCUUGAAUACCUUCAGAAUCUUUGUGGUACCGAUAUAUUUGAUACUACCAAGAAUUAAUAUUUUUAAAUCCUUGAUAUUAUCAUUAGGAAGGUCAACCAAUUUUGAUUUUGACUUGUGUUUUGUAGUGUACAAUUCCACCUUUUGGAUUACACUUACAGUCAUCCCCCAUGGUGUUAGAAUGGACGAAAUUCGAGAGGAUGUUCUGCUAACCCUACCCAGUGUCUACUAUUGUGAGAAUCCACUAUAGUUAAAACCUGAUAAAAAGCCCACACCUUGCUGGCCAUAUUUAGCAUCAGAAUUGAAACCAUAUAUAUUUCGACUAACCUACUGCGAGUUAAUUACAUGUAUCCCAAUCCGUCAAAUACGAUUAUAGAUCGAAACUGAGAUGCCAAUGGUCUAGAAGAUGGACACAAUAUUGAUGUUUCCGCGGAAACAAGUGUACAGCUUUGUGUACAUUGAAACCAGGAGUAGUGGUGGAAUAAUAUGUGAUCCGUCACAGCAAAACCAGACGCAUGUUGCCUAAGCUUGGCUGGUUGAAACGGAGUGAUUGUUCAUUUCACUGUUGUCUGCCUUUUGUGAAAUCUGAAUUAAUGAGUCUCCUUCAUUAUCUCUUGCAGUCUUGGUGUCUCUGUGUAACAUGCCCGGGAAUUGCUGUGACAGGUCACAUAUGAGACUCACAAUGUCAAUAUCAAGGUUACUGUCUUCAGUGUCAACCUUCCCAGAAUCAAAUACCACUAAGACUCGGAAGGCAUUCAUGGAACAAGUUUAAAAUAAAUCAUUAUAUGUGCGAGUCAGAUAAUUUUCUGAUUCAAUUCUUAAAAUGGAAGAUCACACUUUAAAAACUCUGUUUACAUCAUGGCCAAACAAACCU